AUCCAAAGAUUGGAACCUCACUAUGAAGAUUCCAAGGCAAAUCAAAAAUUUUGUAUAUCAAUUUGAGUCAAUGUUCAGUAUCUUUACAUUCUCUGGACAAAAGAUCUAAAAGAUAUGUGGUGGAAACUCUCUUGAACUUAUUUGCAGAAGUGAUAUUAUCCUCUGUUCUUGCAGAACCUAGCAAAGGUAGUGUCUUUUUCAUAUACCUAUUUUGGAUGAUUUGGUUCUACUUAUCUUUUAAAUCUCAAACUCUCUUGUCAUGAAUAGUUUAUGGACAUAUGUAUCUUCCAUCAACAUGAGAAACAAUCAAGAAUCUUCUCUAGUCUUAUGUGGAUUGUUUAUCUGCUUUUAAGGAUUAGAUAAUUCUGAAAUUCUCCAAGCAUAUCUUUUGCCUAAACCAACAUUUUUGCUUGCAGGGCUGAUCCAUUUAGAGCCCGAGAAUAUGUAUCUAGUGGAGAGCAAAGGAGGUGCCAUAGCUUGUAUGCUUUUAGCCUUACUAUCUCUAGGGACUUGGCCAGCAGUUUUAACACUUUUAGAGAGACGUGGCCGUCUUCCUCAACACACCUAUCUUGAUUACUCCAUCACUAACUUGUUGGCUGCUAUUAUUAUAGCUUUCACUUUUGGUCAAAUUGGGUCUACAAAACCCGAUAGCCCAAACUUCAUCACUCAGCUUGCUCAAGAUAAUUGGCCGUCUGUUAUGUUUGCAAUGGCGGGCGGUAUCGUGCUUAGCCUCGGGAAUCUAUCAACUCAAUAUGCAUGGGCUUUAGUAGGCUUAUCAGUUACAGAAGUCAUCACAUCAAGCAUCACUGUAGUCAUAGGCUCAACCUUGAACUAUUUCUUGGAUGAUAAGAUCAACAAAGCCGAGAUCCUUUUCCCCGGUGUGGCCUGUUUCUUGAUCGCGGUUUGUCUUGGUUCAGCAGUUCAUAGAUCCAAUGCAGACGAUAACAAGGCCAAGCUAAGAGACUUUGAAACGGCUAAGCAAGAAGCUUCAGGUCCAUCUACCGAAAUAGGAACAAACUCAUCAAAAGACCUGGAGACUAAUGUUACGACAAAACCUAAAGAAGGGACAGCAAGAUUUCUUAUAGAGCUUGAGAACACAAGAGCCAUAAAGGUGUUCGGAAAACGAAAGAUAAUCGGACUAGCGAUUACUUUCUUCGCAGGUCUUUGUUUCUCCCUCUUCUCUCCAGCAUUUAACUUAGCCACUAACGAUCAAUGGAACAGAUUGAAACAAGGAGUGCCAAAGCUAGUCGUUUACACAGCAUUCUUCUACUUCUCUGUUUCUUGUUUUAUCAUUGCAUUGAUACUCAACGUUGUAUUCCUCUACUAUCCUGUUCUUGGUCUUCCAAAAUCUUCUUUUAAAGCUUACUUAAAUGACUGGAAUGGUCGUUACUGGGCCUUUUUGGCGGGGUUUCUUUGCGGUUUUGGAAACGGUCUUCAGUUUAUGGGCGGUCAAGCCGCAGGAUACGCGGCUGCUGACUCCGUUCAGGCUCUUCCACUUGUGAGUACAUUUUGGGGAGUGGUUUUGUUUGGAGAAUACAGAAGAUCGUCACGGAAAACUUAUCUACUUCUCUUCUGUGAAAGAGAAGUAGCCACCGGAGAUAGAGGGAUGAUUGAUAUGGGGAUAAGCAGAACGUCGACAGUUUUGGAGGCUUGGACAAACCGUAGACGGAGACGGCACCGUGUGGACUGUCUUAGAUCAAUGGAAGAAAUGUUGGCUCUGAAACGGAAUAGCAGAACGAAUGAGCAAGACAGAGUACUCUGGAAAGGAAAGAAUGGUGUGUUCCGGCCAACGUUGUCUACCAAGGACACUUGGAAUCACACACGCACAACGGCGAACAAGGUUUCUUGGCACAAAAGGGUCUAA